GACGGAGUGACCGGGUUUCUCUCUCAAUCCCACAAUGCACUGUCUGUAUGGGAGAGACCGCAGGAAGCUGAUUGGUCGAGACAUCAGCCGGCAUCGUCAUAGACCCGACCCCCCCACAAGAGAAGAGAAGAAAGCGGUCUGCCUACAUCCGCUCCAGCUGUCAAUUACCUGGUCUCCAUGGUAACGAUGAAGAUGAAGGUGAUGAACACAUCUCCAAAAGGAACAAAACAGAGGAGUCUUUGUCUCUCGUCCCCUGUUCAGGAGAAGUAGAUCUUCUCCCGCUGGAGCAUCGAAUUGAUCAUUUUAGGAAAAUGAUGCUCGAGAGAGGGGUCGACCUUUAAGGAGUUCUCUGCUCGUUACCGUGGUGACCAGCGGUUCCAAGCCCUGAACAGGAAGAAGGAACAGGAAGUUCUCUUUCACCAUUACAUCACUUCCUUAAAGAAACGGGACAAGGAGAACAGAGCCCAGCUGAGGAAAAUGAGAUGAGACCGGGACCCUUCCAGGACCGUGAGGGACCUUUUGCCCCCAUGCAGAGUUCAGACGCUCCUUGGUCUUAUAGAGAAACUGGACCCGGACCACGGGACCAGGACCAGAGGUUCUGGCUGGUUCCCAGACCUGCAGCAUCAGACUGGGUUCUGGUUCUGGACUGAUGUGAAGUGGACUGAUGUUAUGUGGACUGAUGUGAUGUGGACUAAUGUGAUCUUGACUGAUGUGAUCUGGACUGAUCUGAGCCAAGUUGAACUGAUCAAACUUGAUUUUAAAAACUAAAGAGACUAAUCUGAAGAUAUCGGAACUGUUGAUAAUAACAACAUGUAUUAAUUAGACCAACUGAUACACAUUAAUUACAGACUGGUAAAUUAAAGACAAUUAAAUAUUAAUAACAACUUCUGAAGCCAUCCUAGUUUUCAUCAGCCAGUUAACGAGUUAACGCAGCGAAGGAACCAAUCACUGAAUGAUGCUUACAGGAGAAAUGAAUUGAUUGGUCCCGCCAGCCACCCCCGCACACACACACACACACACACACACCCCUUCUGUACCAAGCUGAUCCUUCCUGUCGACCGUGUGUAUGUCUGUUUGACAUCAGGAUGUCGUUGACGUGACGUAAGCCCCGCCCCCUCACCUGUCUGCACCACCGUGAACUGUGAUUAAAAAGAUUUGGUGUCCUGAUGUUUUGAUUGGAUGUCUUCUCGUGUCCUUACUUUUCCUUUGACGUGUCUGUGUGUUCUAACGUUUCAUUGGCUGUUUGAUUAAAC